AUGAAACCUAACUUGAAGCAAUGGAAACAACUAAUGCUGUUCGGAAUAUUUGCAUGGGGCCUGUUAUUCCUGGUGAUCUUCAUCUAUUUCACAGACAGCAACCCUGCUGAAGCAGUUCCGAGUUCCUUCUCUUACAUUGAGACUAAGAGGCUUUUGCCCAUUCAAGGCAAGCAGAGAGUAAUUAUGGGAGCAAUACACGAUCCUUCUUUCUCUGAACCAAUUGAUGGGAAUGAGGUGCUUCUUAACAAAGAUAUCUUAGAUUCAUUUAAAUCAGGGAAUGGAAACAUUAAAAAGUGGACAGACUUAGAAGGUGGCUUUGAAAGUGAAGAAGAAUUUUUCCCUUCCCAGUUAAAAAGAAAAUCAAAAAGUGCUUUCUAUCAAAGGGAUGAUGAUUAUUUAUUUGCUGCUGGUCAGCCUCGGUCACAGAGCAGUGUUCAGCAAAUAGUGAAAUUAAUCUCUGCAGAAGGAGAGGGUCAGAAGGGGAAUCCUUUUCAGAAUAACUGGCUCCCUCGAAAGAAGACGAAGAGAAGGCAUACAAGACACAGGAGAAGCCAAAUGUUUGAAGAAUCUGAUGAAUGGGAUGGAAUAUAUUCCACAAUGUCAAAGUCUUUUCUGUAUAAGCUUUGGAAAGGGAAUGUCUCUUCCAAGAUGUUGAAUCCUCGCCUGCAGAAAGCAAUGAAAGAUUAUCUGAAUACCAAUAAGCAUGGGGUUCGUUUCAAAGGGAAGCGGAACUCCAAGUUGACCUCCGAACAACUCUUCUGUGAGCUCAAGGCUCGAGUGAAUAUCAGGACCAUAGAUGGCAAAGAAGCCCCUUUUUCUGUGCUUGGAUGGGAAAAACAUGUUCCCCAGAUAUCUUUGAGUAAAUUGUAUCCACGUGGGUUUGGAACCUGUGCUGUCGUUAUGUCUGCUGGUGCCAUACUGAACUCUUCUCUAGGCGAUGAAAUAGAUUCCCAUGAUGCAGUUCUACGAUUUAAUUCUGCUCCAACACGAGGUUAUGAAAAAGAUGUUGGAAAUAAAACUACCAUGCGUAUUAUUAACUCUCAGAUUCUUACUAAUCCUAACCAUCACUUCAUUGAGAGCUCCUUAUAUAAAGAUGUUAUUUUAGUAGCUUGGGAUCCUGCUCCGUAUUCUGCUAAUCUGAAUGUGUGGUAUAAGAAGCCAGACUACAAUUUGUUUACUCCCUAUGUUCAGCAUCGCAGGAAGAAUCCAACCCAGCCAUUUUACAUUCUCCAUCCAAAGUUCAUAUGGCAGCUCUGGGACAUUAUUCAGGAGAACACGAAGGAAAAAAUUCAGCCCAACCCUCCUUCUUCAGGUUUUAUUGGAAUACUCAUCAUGAUGUCAAUGUGUAGUGAAGUACACGUAUAUGAAUACAUUCCUUCAGUCCGACAAACUGACCUUUGCCACUACCAUGAACUCUACUACGAUGCCGCUUGUACCUUGGGGGCUUACCAUCCACUGCUCUAUGAGAAACUGUUGGUGCAAAGGAUGAACAAAGGAUUACAAGAUGAUCUGUACCGGAAAGGGAAAGUGAUUUUGCCAGGGUUCAGGUCAGUGAAAUGCCCUGGACAAAAUCGAUUCUCCUACACUUAA